CUCGGUGACCAGGCUGCUCGAUGAAGGACGUCUAGCACUCAUAUUCUUCUUUGGAGAUAGAGCCUGAGUGAGUGGAAAAGAUCACUCUAAGCUCUGCUACCCGCUCAUGGUUUGAAAACACAAUUCGCAUGAGAAGUCCUAGUCAUUAAUCAAACUCAAAACAAACGUACAAAGCCCUUGUAUAGUUACCAUCAUGAUCCCAGGGAUUCACGCGGAUUCAAGCUGGAUGCUGAAGCCACUGAAAUCCCAGUUUUUUGAAACAACGAUUUCUUAUGAUGUCUGUGUUGGACUCAACAGGAAACGUGAUCAUGGUAAUAUGCUAUGACAUAUGUAGCUCCCGAAAAAGCUCGCGAUCACAAAAACUGAUUUAUUAUGUUACUUCAAGCUACCAUCAAAGAUACCUAAGAUACCUCAAGACGGCUCUAUUCGAGGCCUGCAAUGUCGAUUCACAUCCCACUCCCUAUCCCAACUCACCUAGAUGAGGCUUCGCCACCAUCAGAACUUUCGGAGAAGGAGCAAACUUUAUACGACAUUGUCCUCGAACACUUCUCUGCCGCAGAUUAUACGCUUCCAAAUAUCAACCAGGAGAAGGCUGCGCUAAUAGUGGAUGAAAAAUUUUGGCUAUCAUAUGAAUGUCUGCUGAGAUACCUACGUGCCACAAAGUGGGAUGCGAAUGAGGCCAUCAAGCGCUUGGAAGACACGCUAAGAUGGAGACGUGAUUUCGGGAUCUACGAUAUGAUUACGCCUCAACAUGUCGAACCAGAGGCAACGACUGGCAAAGAGUUCAUCUUUGGCUAUGACACUCGGGGACGACCUGCCGUUUAUAUGUGCCCUUCAAAGCAGAAUACUGAGGAGUCACCACGUCAAAUUCAUUAUACUGUCUGGAUGCUCGAACGCGCUAUCGACCUUAUGGGUCCAGGUGUCGAGACCCUUGCAUUGAUGAUAGACUAUGCGGAUAAAGCCAAAAACCCUUCAAUCGGCACGGCUCGCACAGUGCUCAACAUUCUCCAGUCACACUAUCCAGAACGUCUCGGUCUUGCGCUCAUUGCGCAUCUUCCUUGGCUUUUACACGCAUUCUAUAAACUAAUAACGCCCUUCAUUGAUCCCCUCACUCGGCUGAAGAUGGUCUUCAACCCCGUCAUCACCGAAAAUGGUCUUUUUCGAACGGCUGUGGAUGCUGAAGCCUGGAGCGCUAAUAGUGCAUCACGGGUAUUUGAGCCAAAACAGCUUGUUCAGGAGGGUUGGAAUGGCUCCCAGCCAUUUGUCUAUUCUCAUGCUGUUUACUGGGAAGCAUUAGUGAAGCUGUGCGAGGAGAGGCGGUCUAAAAUGGUCGCGGCGUGGCAUCGCAUUGGAGGGAAGGUCGGCACUAAGGAGUGGGAUGUUAAAGUUGCCGUUAGGGACGAGACGAUGAACGUCCAGGUAGAUGCGGAAAAUGGGCUGGUGAAGAAUGGCCAGUUGCAGCCCUGACUCGGAGGGAACAGUAAACAUUUUAUUGCCUGUUCGCUGUUCUUCCCUGACACGCUAAUCUCAACUAAGUCUAUGAAUUUCGAUGGAGACCUAAAUGCUUACGAGCACAAUGGCUAAACGUACUUGUACAUGUCCAUAACACCCCAAGACUCCAUAAAGGAUGGUCAAUAUUUCAAUCCCGACUGUAAGACUAGAGUGCAAUUUACAUAAUCGUCUCAAGUUCCAAAUUUAGUUUGAAACCUAGGACUCCAUGACUUACUUC